UGUCUGGUGAGUUGUUCGUUGUUGCUGAACAAAAGAACUGCAAUAUAAUCUUCUGUAUCAAAACUGAUCUCAGGAACUGUGAUGCAUCAUGUGCUUCAAGCCAAAUAAAUUCAGAGCGUAUUGAAUCUAUUUUAGAAAUAAUGUAUUGUUGAACCAUAUUUUUUCUAUUAGAUCAUCAUCAAGCUUCACUCUUGUAUACAGUAAUAUGUUCAUGUGCAUAUGUGAAAAUAUUGAGACACUUUAGACAAUUUGAGAAUUAGCAACCUUUGCAUAUAUAAGAAACCAUUAAUGUAUGAAACUGUUUUAGAACAAGCGAUGAUCAGUUAUCUGUCAGGAAGGAUUCAAAAGGGUUCACUUGUGUGUUCAGUAGAAAGAAAUGAUCCACUCCGAGAAAUUUGUUUAUGAACGGAUAAAUUCGAUAUCAAAAGGCAAGCUAUGGUCCAUUUUUCGAAUAAUAAUAAUUUAAUUCAUCUGAUAAAACUCUGUAAACCGUAUUAAGAUCAGACAUGUUUGGUGAAAUGAAUAAGAAUAACUGCCUUCUAUGUAUGACUUCUUUCCUAGUGUAAAUCACACUUAAUAGAACUUUAAAAAAUCUUACGGGUUUUCAUUUUACCAACGACUUACUGUCCAACUAAAUAAAAUUAUAAUCCCUACAUUCUGUUCAGACAGGUGAUGAAUAAAACGUCAUUAAAUCAAACCCAAAUAGUGUACGACCGAACACCUGAAUUCAAAAUUCCAAACAACACCUUUCCUAUGUAUUCAACUCCGCUCCACUCAUCGAAUUCAGUUAAAUGCAGUGAACUCUGUCAGUACGACAUACCAAACAUAUCACUUAAUUUGGCUACUUUAUCGCUAGAAGACUAUGACAAAACUCCAAAAACUGAUAUCUCAACAAUGAGAAAUCGAUAUUCUCGAAAAAGCUUACUUUGCAAAUUACCGGUCUCCGAUUGUUCACAUAGAAGGAAUUCGUAUGUGGAAUGGUCUCACCAUGAUUUUACUAAUGAUGAUCAUUGGCGGAUUGUACGCUAUUAUUUUGUUGAAUCUAAACAUUUACAAAUGAAUAGAAAGGCUUAUUUAGAUGAUGGAGUGAAUCAUUCCACCGGGUUAUAUCGUAUUUAUAUUGAUGAAAACGGCAAUAAAUAUUCAUUUUUUUAAUCAGUUGUAUUAUUUUCGAACAAUUAAUUUGUAUAAAAUUUGAUAGUAGUUUUAUUUUAAACAUUAUUUAUAGCAUAACUAAUGUAUUUUCGAAAUGGCUUUUAUGAAAUAAACACUCUAAACUUCUUAGUGUUUUUGAAA